GUUCAGUCAGAAAUGAAAAUUGUGCUGCAGUUUUGGCGGGCGAACUUAAACGUCCAAGGUGUGGUUAUCUUAAAUUCAACCAACGUGCUUUCUGAAAUGAUCCCGGCGGUGAGGACGAUAUUGGACAGCCAGGACGAUGCAGACUUCAUAUGGUUCGCCGAUGAUCCUCUAGCAGAUGCACACAUCAAUCCCGGAACGAAGGUGUGCCUAUUCACCAUCAAUAUCAAUCGGCGCGUACCCACACGAACGGAUGAUCUGAAUGCCCAACUGUUACAAGUGAUUAACGACACAAGGCUGGUCACAUGCAGUCCUAUUUGGAGAGUCAGUCAGCUAAGUGAAGACGAUAGGGAUUUUCUGUCGGUGCAGCAAAUGGCGUUUUUCCUUCCUGGAAACUAUUUGAUGAUGGCCGGUCAAGAAACGGACCUG